GGGUUGGCCACUGCAAAAGGACAUGGGGUCAUCCGCAAUGACCUGACCUACGGUAGGGUAGUGGAGGUACUUGGAUGGCCCAGCUUGAUGUAACGAAACGAAGGUUCCUUGAUCGCGAUCGAUCAGCGCCGUCUCCCCACCGAGCCAAGUUCUGCCCCGGAUCGAGGGCGCUGUGUGGAUCCAACCAGAAUCCGACCGAAAACACCAGCAGCUACCACAACGCACCUGCCCUGCCUAACAAACCACACUCUUUUCCUGCUGGCUUUCCCAAUCCAAUCCAGUGCGGACAUGGCGCCCCCCUCAAGUGGCAGGCAAAUGGCACGGCUUUGUGGGCUCUAGGGAGGGAGCAGUGCCCCCUCUCUCCACGCUUCGCUAUAGAGGCGGGAGUCUCACCAAGUUCCCGUAUCACCUACCUCGGGCAGCCCACAGAAAACCCCGGGAGCUGGAGCUGGAGCUCGCUAGACCUAGGCAAGAGCUUGCAGUGCCCUAGCUCAACCUUCUUCGCAGGCAGCCACCGCGCGGGGCCAUUAUACUUUGUGGUUUUCUUGGGUCUUCUCAGGUCGGGGGCGUUAGCAUCCCGCUCAACAAGGCGUCUUGCUGUGGCGCCUGCCCUAGCUGCAUGCCGCGAUCGACAUCCCGCUGCCCUGUACGCCGUCCCUGGCGCAUAUAUUCCGCUUCCUCCCAACCCCGGGACAUAGUCGAGUCAUCAUCAGCUAUCGGUCGCCUUGA